UGUCCAUGGGCUACCCCUCAAAAUACGAGAUCUUGUUCCUUGGCUGAGGUAAUGAGUGAACAAUUGGCUAAAGAAUUACAGUUAGAAGAGGAAGUUGCUGCUUUUCCUGAAGUUGUGUUGCUGAAGGACCAUUUAUCACUGGAGAAAACACUGAUACUUCCAGCGACCUAAUGCUGGCUCAGAUGCUACAGAUGGAAUUUGACAGAGAAUAUGAUGCACAGCUCAGGCGUGAAGAAAAAAAAUUCAAUGGCGAUAGCAAAGUUUCUAUUUCCUUUGAAAAUUACCGAAAAGUACAUCCUUAUGAAGACAGUGAUAGCUCUGAAGAUGAGGUUGACUGGCAAGAUACAUGGGAUGACCCCUACAGACCAGCAAAACCAAUUCCUACUCCUAAGAAGGGUUUUAUUGGAAAAGGAAAAGACAUCACCACCAAACAUGAUGAAGUAGUAUGUGGGAGAAAGAACACAGCAAGAAUGGAAAAUUUUGCACCUGAGUUUCAAGUCGGAGAUGGAAUUGGAAUGGAUUUAAAACUGUCCAACCAUGUUUUCAAUGCUUUGAAACAACAUGCCUACUCGGAAGAGCGUCGAAGUGCCCGCCUCCAUGAAAAGAAGGAGCAUUCUACUGCAGAAAAAGCAGUUGACCCUAAAACACGCUUACUUAUGUAUAAAAUGGUCAACUCCGGAUUGCUGGAUUCAGUCACUGGCUGUAUUAGUACAGGGAAGGAAUCUGUUGUCUUCCAUGCAUAUGGAGGGAGCAUGGAGGAUGAAAAGGAAGAUAGUAAAGUUGUACCUACAGAAUGUGCCAUCAAGGUAUUUAAAACAACCCUUAAUGAGUUUAAGAACCGUGACAAAUACAUUAAAGAUGAUUUCAGGUUUAAGGAUCGCUUCAGUAAACUAAAUCCACGUAAGAUCAUCCACAUGUGGGCAGAAAAAGAGAUGCACAAUCUCACCAGAAUGCAAAAAGUUGGAAUUCCUUGUCCAACAGUUGUAAUGCUUAAGAAACACAUUCUAGUUAUGUCUUUUAUUGGCCAUGAUCAAGUUCCUGCUCCUAAAUUAAAAGAAGUAAAGCUCAGUUAUGAAGAAAUGAAAGAAGCCUACUAUCAGACUCUUCAUAUGAUGCAGCAGUUAUACAAUGACUGUACACUUGUACAUGCUGACCUCAGUGAAUACAACAUGCUGUGGCAUGCCGGAAAGGUCUGGUUGAUUGAUGUCAGUCAGUCUGUGGAGCCAACCCAUCCUCACGGCCUGGAGUUCUUGUUCCGUGACUGUCGGAACGUCUCACAGUUUUUCCAGAAAGGAGGCGUAAAGGAAGCCCUUAAUGAACGAGAACUCUUCAAUGCUGUUUCAGGCUUAAACAUCUCAGCAGAUAAUGAAGCUGAUUUCUUAGCUGAGAUCGAAACUUUGGAGAAAAUGAAUGAAGAUCAUGUUCAGAAGAACGGAAGGAAAGCGGCUUCAUUUAUAAAAGAUGAUGGCGGUCCACCAGUACUGUACAAUGAAUAGCAGUAAUGCCCACUGCUAGUCAUGUUAGCACAGUGGUGACUGUCAGCUGCCAGGGGCAAUGAAGUUAUGGGUGACUUGAAAUACCAAAAAAGGAAACAUGAGGAGUGUACAAUGGUGCUUCUGUGGUUUUUCUUUUUCCUUGUAACUCAUGUGCCAGAUGUGUGGAAUUUUUAGCUCAGCACUGAAAAAUAGAAUGUCACUACCUCUCAUCUU